AUGGGCAGAACCUACGACGCGCGCGGCCGCGCCUCGGAGUCGGCGUCGCACUGGCGCGACAAGGCGAUCCUGGGCGAGCGUGGCUACUUCCGCACCGUCACCACGCCGGCCACGCUGUCGCUCAGCGAGAUCUCGGAGCGCGACGAGGGCGUCUACCGCUGCCGCGUCGACUUCCGACAGUCGCCGUCCCGCAACACCCGCCUCAACCUCACCGUCGUAGUUCCUCCGCAGAGGCCGACCAUCUUCGACGAACUGGGCCGUGAGCUGGUGGACCGCGCAGGACCUUACGAAGAGGGGGGCCAGAUGCGGCUCACUUGCAUCGUGACUGGAGGGCGGCCACCACCCACGGUGCUGUGGUGGCGAGGAGAGCGGCUGCUGGAUGCGCUGGAGCUGCCCAGCUCUUCGUCCUUCCCAAACGUCCGCAAGAGCCAGCUAGUGGUACCGAGGUUGCGGCGUGCAGACCUAGGCGCCAUCUUCACCUGCCAAGCGGCCAACAACAACAUCAGCCAGCCCGCACAGGCCAGCGUCUCCCUGGACCUCAACUUCAGGCCGCUGUCGGCGAGCAUCCUGAGCAGCGAGCAGCCGCUGUCGGCCGGCCGCAGCUACGAGCUCACCUGCCGCUCCGUGGGGUCGCGGCCGCCAGCCCGCAUCUCCUGGUGGCUGGACAGCACCAUGCUGCAGGGCGCCGUCGAGUCGGUGACGUCCGACGGCAACGAGACCAUCUCCCGGCUGCAGCUGACGCCGGCGCCGGCUGACCACGACAAGAUGCUCACCUGCCGCGCGGAGAACCCGCAGCUGCCCGCCGCCGUCGAGGAGGACUCCUGGCGCCUUAACAUCUUCUAUGUUCCUCAGACUGAGCUUCGCUUAGGAGCAAACCUGAAUCCUAACGACAUCGAGGAAGGGGACGAUGUGUACUUCGAAUGCGAAGUCAACGCCAAUCCCAGUGCCUACAAAGUGAUGUGGAAGCACAACGGGGCGCCGCUGCAUCACAGCACGUCUGACGGCAUCAUCGUGAGCACGCACAACCUGGCGCUGCAGAUGGUGAGCAAGCACCAGGCUGGCAACUACACCUGUUCCGCCUCCAACAUCGAAGGCGACGGCGCCAGCAACACCGUCCAGCUCAGGGUCAUGUACAAGCCGGUGUGCCGGCCCGGGCUGCAGCGCGUGUACGCGGUGGCGCGGCACGAAGUGGCGCGCGUGCUGUGCCGCGUGGACGCCUUCCCGCUGCCCGAUGCCUUCCGCUGGUCCUUCAACAACUCGGCGGAGAGCGUCGAGGUGCCGCCGCACCGCUUCAACUCGUCCGCCACCGCCUCCGUGCUGGCCUACACGCCCGUCGCCGAGAUGGACUACGGCACCGUGCUCUGCUGGGCCGACAACACGGCGGGCCGCCAGCCGCACCCCUGCGUCUUCCACGUCAUACCUGCUGGCAUCCCGGAACCGCCAUUCAACUGCUCGGUGGCGAACCAGACUUCCGAGACGGUGCACGUGCGCUGCCUGGAGGGCUUCGACGGCGGGCAGCCGCAGCUGUUCGUGCUGGAGGUGGCGGACGCGGCGGGCGGCCUCGUGCUGGCCAACCUGUCGUCGCGCGCUCCGCUCUUCACGGUGGACGGGCUGGCGCCGGGGCAGGCGCUGCGGCUCUCCGUGUACGCCGCCAACUCCAAGGGCCGCAGCGAUGCCGUCCACUUCGAGGGCGCCACGCUGAAGGCGGCCGAGAAGCAGACAGGCCCGCCCGACCAGCUGGAGAUGUCGCCGCUAUUGGGCGUGCUGCUCGGCUUGAUGCUGGUGCUGGUGGUGGUGACGGCCGUGGUGGUGGGCACGCUGAGAGCGCGCUUCAAGCGGCGGCGCAUUCCGCGGCCCGGCGACCUCGCCUUCAAAGAGAAGGCCGCCGCGCUGUUCGCGCCCGCGCGCCACGACCGGCACGACAAGGACGAGAUCAACCCGGACGUCAUACCCUCCAACUCCGUGGCAGAGACGGCACAGGACUCGUGCGCUCAGACGCCGGCAGCGGACGCCGAGACGGAGGAGGCGGGGCUGGUGCCCGCAACGCCGGGUCAACCGCCGCCCCCUGUUGGCCCCGUUGCUCACGCCGCCCUCGUUGCAGAGCAGCGGAUGCAACUUACUUCAAACGGACAGCCGCCUCCAACGAGAAGGGACGUUUGGGACUGUCAGGUGCAGGCACCGCCCUCCGUCGCGUCGGUGCUGGCGUCGCCUGUCACGCCCACGGGCUGCGGUCACCCACUGCGGGAGAUCGUAACCGUGCGGACGCCGCUCAUGGCCGCCGCCCACCAGGAGAGCUGCGUCUAG